GACUCGGAGUGCAAGCGACGUCAACACAAACACAUGGCGGCUGUAAGUAUGCUGGGCCCGCGCGAGGCUGGGAAAUUCAUCGCCAGCCUUGCUAAGGACGUGAGUAUCAGGCCAGAUGGGGUCAUGAAGACUGCCAGAGUGAUUGCCGACGCCGUGAAGUCAGGCCAGCUGGAUAUGGAGGCCUUUAAACAGAAUGAGGUGUUGCCACUGGGCCGGGGACUCACGCAGGGGCAGCUCGCCAACUGGGUGUUCCUCAUCGACUCCCUCAACUUCAACUUCUGGACCCCUGAUGGACAGCCCAAGUACAGCGUCACGCAUGAGGGGAAGGAAACCUCAGCACUAUCUCACCUGUCUGCCCCUCACCUCCCCUCGCAGACCCGCACCGGCUACCUGGCAAUGGUUGCAGCUGUCAACAGGGCACUCGACGAGGGACAACCCAUGUGCGACCCUACCCACUAUGCCACACUAACCCUGCAGGACCUCACUCACAUCUUCCGCUCUGACACUCCCUCCAAGAUGCCCCUCCUGGAGAAGCGUUUCGAGGUCCUUCAGGAGAUUAGCGGCAUCCUGAAGGAGAAAUUUGGCGGGUCCUUUGAGGGGGUCCUGACCAGGGCGGAGAACAGCGCGGUGAAGCUUGUGGAGAUCGUGACGGAGAGUUUCCCUUGUUUCCGUGACGUUGCUUCCUUCGAGGGGCGUCCCGUGGCGUUCUACAAGAGGGCACAGAUACUGGCUGCAGACCUGUGGAUGCUGUAUCGUGGGCAGGCUCCUGGAGGAUUCACGGACAUGGGAGAGUUGACUAUGUUUGCCGAUUAUAGAGUCCCGCAGUCCCUGGCUUACCUCGGUGCCCUGGAGUACUCUGACGCCUUGCUGCAGAGGCUAAAGGAGCAGUACGUGUUCAGCAGUGGCGACAGAGAGGAGGUGGAGAUCCGCGGGUGUUCCAUCGAGGCGACAGAGCGGAUCGUGGAGGCUGCGCGGAGUCUUCUACAGGCGGAGGGAGGCGGGGAUGUGACCAGCAUCAAGGUGGAUUUCUUUCUGUGGGAUUAUAGAGUAAAACACGCAGCCAAGACUGACCAUGAGACAAAUUUUUUAGACCAUCACACAAGAGGGAAGCAACAGGAAGCCAUCAGGCCUACACGUGGCAGUCCCUGUAUGAAACACGUCCACCUACAUCCACCCAACACCACAAAUCCACCCCAUCCAUGAAUCCACUACCGACGUGGCACUAACAGUCCAAUCACUGAGCCUGUUCUGAGGAGAUAAGGAGGAACUAGAAGUGUGAAUUGAUAACUUGUUUGCUGACCAUUGCCUGCCCCUAAGCUUGUUCGCUCUUAUGUCGUUCACUGUCAUCCAAUUCCUCCUCCUCCACCUCCUCCACAUCAUCAUUGUCAUCAUCAGUCACUUCUGCUUCUUAUCACCACUUGGUAUCUUCUGAGCAGAGAAAAGAGAGGCCAGCAGUAGUUUAGAUAGAUAAGUAAUGAUAAAAUUCUAACUAUAAAACACCGCUCUGAGUUCACCACGGAGGAACUGUACAAGUGUGGAUUGAUAACUGGCAAUCACUGCCUGUCCUAAUCUUGCCAGCUCUCUCAAGUGUCUCGUGUCUCCUCCGCUGCCCAGACCAAUACUUCUCAUUAUUAAACAGUCAUUCAAGUACACUGAGGAGGAGCUGUAGGAGUGUGAAUCCAUAACUUGUUUGGCAAUCACUGCCUGUCCUAAUCUUGCCAGCUCUUUCAUGUGUGUGUCUCUCUCUCUCUCCUUCACUGCCCAGACCAAGAGUUCAUACUCAAAAAGCCAUAUAAAACAGCUAUUUUUCUCCUUUUCUUCUUUUUUUCUGUUUUAUUACUCAUAGUUUAUCAGGGCUAGAACAGCGCCCCCUAACAAAGGACCCUGGUUUUGGCACUCGUUAAACCAUUACUCUGAUUGCAUGCCCUUAUGAAACAACGAUGUACCAGUAAAUAUUGCAGGUACAUUAUGAAGACACUGAAAAGCAACUCAAAUUCCCAGUACUUUAGCCAUCCCUUGCCCUCUUGUCUGUCACCAAAACAAUGCCUGGACCUGAACCUCACAACUGUGCCUGGAGAUUCUGGAAGGCACAAAAUCCUUGAACUAAAAGGGAAGGAAACAAGAGAACCCGUGGGAUUCUGGAGAUAAUAAUGACAUCACCUAAAGAUUCCUGGUGAUUCUGGAAAGCACUAAAUAAUCCCAGAAAGAAGAAAGAGAAGGAAGCAAGAGAAUCCAUGAGACUCUAGGGACAAGAAUGACUGCAUAAAGAUUCCGCGAGACCCAGAAUACAGUGCCAAGGUAACAAAUAGCCCCAUAACACACUAGAGAUAAGAAAAACAUCCCCAAAGAUUCCGUAAGAACCAAAAUGCAAAGGUAAGGUGUGGGGAAUGAAAAGUGGAAGUGGAGACACAUCAAGAUUAAGAUCAAGAUUGCCUAAACAUUCCAGAAGGUUCAGAAUACAAUGCAAAGGAAAGAAUAAUCACAUAACACACUUGAGAUAAGAAAAAAAAAGAUCCCUUUGAAGAUUACGGAAGACCCAGAAUGCAAUGCCAAGACCCAAAGAAAGAAAAGAGUAACUCGGGACUCAUCAGGACUAAGAACAUGACCUAAAGACUCUAUAAGGUUAAAAAAUACAACCAAAAACUUAGAGGAAGGAAAAUAACAACUCAUAACACAAUCAACAUUAAAAAGAGGCUGGGAAAUAAUUAUUCUCUGUGUUGUGUGAAGGUUUUUAUUUGCAAGUUAUAUUUCUUACCCCACGACUCGAUGUUCACUAUUGACUUUUACUUGCGUAUAAGACUCAAGCUGGUGAACAGAAAGGCUCGGGAAAAGAGUGCAAGGUUGAGAAUUAAGAUGUUUGACUUGUACUGCCAUGAAAAUGUGUAAACAGAGAGAGCCAAGAGAAAAGUGAAAGACAAGGGUGCAAAAUUGAAACUACAGAAAACUUAUGUCAGUAAAUGAAUUAAAAAAAAUAAUAAUAGAUAAAUAGAUAAAGGCCUCGGGACAGAAUGCAAGGUUGAGCGUGAUAAUAUUCAACUUUUCCCCACCAAGAAGUUACGUAUGAACAAGGAGAAAGGCUGGAGACAAAAGUGGAAGAUUUAAACUCAUGCAAAAAAUUCCCAUUAAUAAAUAAGAAGCACAUUCGUAAACCGUAAGAUUGAGGAAGAAUAUAUCAAAAUUUUACAUAUAAAAACGAAAGGCUGACUGACUGACUUACUUAACUGACUGACUGACUGACUGACUGACUAACUGAUAGAAGGAGUCAGAUAGCACCGAGAGCCAUCAAACUGUAACUGCCCACGAACAGCACCGCGACAACCAUCACAGCAACACGCAGCACUCUGUUGUAGCGCUGUGCUGCCGCCAUCUGCAGCCCCCCCUCAGGCCCCCGCGGCAGGCCCUUGGGAGAGACGAUUUCCUGUAGGGGGGUAAAGGAUCUGGCUUAGAGAGAGAGAGAGAGAGAAUAUUGUCAUUGUUGUCUGUUAGUUGAAAAAAGAAAAGGAAAGAAAAUUUAUUAUCAUUAUCUUUUCAUGUGUCUCAGAUCAAGGAAAACAUAAAGAGAAAAGGAGAAAAGAAAAAAAUAUCUUGUCGUGUCUUGCAGGUACAUAAAAAAAAAAAGAUAGGAAAAGAAAAUUACAGUAAAAUCCCUCUCAUCCAGCAUUUGAGUAUCCGGCACAUUUUUCCCCGAGCCUUAAAAUCAAUAAAAAAUCAAUGUGUACUCAUAAAAUCGAUUAAAAUUCCCGCGUGAGGCAUACUUUGUCCCCCCGCCACCAGAGCGCACUGCUUCGCGCCACCUGCGGCCCACUGCACUGGGUUUACUCAGUGACUCAGUCCCGCGUGUGCACUGUUUAUCGCCUGACGCCUUCAUCAUGCCUAAAGUUGUAGAA